AUGGCCCCGUCGACAGCAACCAUGGUGUGCGCCAUGUUCGCCAAAACCAUUGAAAUUUCAUUUGUGACCGUCUUCGUGGCCUUCAUCGGCCAGGUUCUGACGCGUCGUUCAUUUGUGAAGAAGUCGAAAGGCAUGACGCUGGCCGAGAUGACGAUGAGGAAUUGGGUUAUCCAACCCGGGUUCAUGUUGACGCACUGGGAAACCCUCCCCUACGCCGCAGUCACAUUCCUGGGAGCGGUCUCCCUUAUCGCGACAAUUGCGUCUACGUUUUACACCACUGCGUCUGACGUCAUGGUCUCACCUAAACUGAAGUUCGGCGGCUGGGAGAGUAAGGAGCUGAACGGCCAUGUUCUGUCUUCUUACGCCAAUACUUUUGCCACACAAGACAGCUGUCCCACACCACUGCGAAAAGAAGAUCCAGAUGGACCGGUCUUUGCUGCGAGCUCGUGUCUCGAUAUACAGUAUGCCGGACAAUCCUAUCGCAACCUGGUGUCGUUUCUGACUGAGUGGGAUGAAAUCAAUCAUAAUGGAACAGGCGCGUCACUGGACAUGUCUCAUCGGCCUGUGGGAACGACGUUAUUGUACGACAACACAACUUUAACGUCAAGUUGGAUCAAGAAGGAAUACAGCAACGUAACUCAACAAUUUGAGAACCAUGGCAGGAUCAUUCACAACGUUACGAUGGCGAUGCCACAUCCUGGGGUUUACGGUGCAGCGACGCACCCAGUAAACAAGAUCCUCCAACCAAACGAUCUGUCGGGGGUCGGAGAAUAUGCUAUCAGAGCGAGCGUUGUGUCUCCGGUCAUCAACGUCAUGUGCGUCAAUAUGGACGAAAACGAGCUUGCACCUCUGAUCUACACCGAAUGGCCAAACCGCAAAACGAACAGCACGGGAGUAGGGAAUCAAACAACAGGCUGGUUUGGAUGGGAUGGAGAGGUCCCUCAGCCUGCCGAAAAUGAAUGGCUUAACCGAACAACAGUUGAUGAUAUCUUCCGUUGGGGUCCCCGAUAUCAAAGACGCCCUCCUGUUUUUCAACUCUAUCCUUCCAACUUCAACAUGAUUACCAAUACUACGGUACACCAGGGUGAUGCCAUUUACCUGUUGGCGAAGUCGGCCGCCAUUACGAACUACACUCUUUGCGAGAUGCGAUCCUGGGUGACGCCCAAGUGCUCAACCCAUUUCAACAUCUCCGGAACAGCGGGCGCACACAUGCAAGCACACUGCGAAGACCCCGACGACCUGGACAGAUACGAUCGCUCAGUGCCGGAAGUCUCCCCUGAAAUGGCUGUCGGAGACUGGAGAAACGUAGCAGACCAAUGGCGACUUUCGAUGGACAUCAACGGCGGCACCGUCAACAAUAACGCCUCCAAUGCCCGAACACUCACACAGUUCAUCCUAGAAGACGGCAAACUCAACCCCCUACUCCCGUCCAUGGCCGAAACACUCGCAGUGUUCGCCUCGUCGACCCUCAUAAUCGGCGGCCUGGGCUCUCCCUUCGUCCACUACUGGGGCUACGAAACCAUGCAACUCGGCGACCCAGGCGCCCUCGCUCCUUUCAACGCCUCUAUCCGGACGCAGGAGUACACCUCUUCGCAUGAGUACGAAUGGCAAAACGUCUUCUACCUCGCCCUCGUUCUCGUCUUCGUCAUCAACGUCUUCUGCCUGGCCUACUUCCUGUCCCGCUCGGGUCUCGUCACCGACUACACGGAACCCCAGAACCUGUUCGCGCUGGCCGUCAACUCACCGCCCAGCCAGCAGCUCAAGGGCAGCUGCGGAGGCGGGCCCAUUAAGCGUGAUUUCGUCGUCCCAUGGAGGGUGGCAUAUGCCAAGGGCCCGAAUCAUUACUUCUUUGAGGAGGCAAACAGUCGGCCUUGGCGGGGUAGGUAUGCUGAGCAGGACAUCUCGACCGAUUCGGAGUACCAGGAGGCGAAGGAGCGGAGCAGCUACAAGAGACUGACAUACUAUGCGAGAACCAAGGGCCGGACUCAGGAGAUCCCGCCGGACGGCAGCCGUUCACCUCUCCCGGGCUCCGGCGCCCGGUCGCCGAUGCCGCCCCGGACACCCCUCAACGGACGUCCUUCUUCCCGUUCCCUCCCGGAUCUAAGCGCCGACGUCCGCGCUGCCCUCUCAGCGCCAAAACACGACGACAUAUCUUUCCAGCACGACUUCUGGACCCGUUGCCGCUGCUGUCGGGGCGGCCGAAGUCCCCUCGCUCUCAUUCGCAGAAUAGUUCUCAUUCCACUCGCCAACUCGCUCUACGCACUCGAGGAAGCCGCCGAGGCCGUGCCGCCCGUCGUUCCAGCCCUGAUAGCCUGUCUUUUCUUACUCAUCGCAUUACCAUUAAUGAUUGCCUGGAAUAUCAUCUGA